GACUCACGAUUUUGCCCAGCACCCAACACCUGAACUUGCUAUCACGUCCGCCUCAUGUCCCUUCGACUAUUCCUGUCUCGCGUUCCACCAAGCCAGCAAUUGCCGAGUAAACUUCUGCCCCAACUAUCGCUGCGUCGAGCGCAGAGCUCUAGUUCAGAUUCACGACCUCCGCAUCCCGCCGUGCAGCAGAGCUUCGAGGCACUCGCCUCUGACCUUCUUGCCACCCCGAGCACGCUCUCGUCCUCUGGCUUGAAGAGAUCUGCACCGGAGGCUCCGCGAACAUUCAUCAAGUCGCCCAGUUUGCCUCCAGUCCAACUGAGUCGUAACCCCUAUGCGGGGCAGUAUGCGAUUUCUGAAGAUGAUUUGGAUGACCCUUUUGAGACUGAGAUUGCUGUUGAAGAACCCAAAGGCCUUGCUGUACCUCCCAGGCGCAGACGCUUGGCUGGGCGGCAGAGCUCGGCAACAGCACGACCACAGAGAAUUAUCAAUCUUUCACCUCAUGAUACUGUCUCGGUGUAUCCCGAUUUUAUCUCUUUAACAUCCCAUGGUAGGACGGGAGUCAUAACCAACGCACGAUUACUUGAUGCUUGCCACUGCAAGAAAUGCAGGGACCCAUCUACCCGACAAAUGAAUACUACUACAGGGGAAGCCGUUCGUGAAUCCAAAAUAGCAAGGAUCACCAGAGGCAAUUCAGUUCGUAAAGGUGGCAUUCGUAAAGACGGGCUUGUAGUGAGCUGGGGUGAAGGAGUGAAGCAUAUGAGCUUUUUUCCUCUCCACAGAUUACGGUCGAUGCUAGAAAGAGACAUGGGCACUGUUUAUCGUAGCCCAAGUUUUGUUCACCAGACUUGGGACGGGGAAUCACUUUCUCUUACCAAUCUAAGAUUUCAAUACUCGGAUCUAUCUGAAUCUCUGUUGAAAGUUUUAGAGCAGCUUCAGGUGUACGGUAUAGUCGUGAUAGAAGGCGUACCUACGGACCCUACGGAUGAUAAGGAGUGCAUGCUGAGAAAAGUUACCGAUAUGAUCGGGAAGAUUAGAAACACAUUCUACGGGGAAACGUGGGAUGUGAAAAGUGUGAAACAGAGCAAGAAUAUUGCCUAUACCAAUCUCAACCUUGGCUUACAUAUGGAUCUUCUUUACUUUUCAUCCCCUCCUCGCUUCCAAGCACUUCACUGCCUCCGGAAUAAGGUUGAAGGCGGUAGCUCUUACUUUGUGGACUCUUUUCGCACCGUCUCCGACCUACCCCGAGAUCAAUUCGAAUUCCUGCAAAAAAUCAAUAUAACCUAUCAGUACGACAAUGACAACCAUUAUUUUCGCUAUCGUCAUCCCAUCAUCAGUUCCGAUUUUGUGCGUGGUCGAAACAAUCGACAUGCCGCCGUUAACUGGAGUCCCCCUUUCCGCGCCGCUGCCGAAGCUUUAGACUUUCCCCAGCACGAUUUCGUUGCGGCCGCCAAACAUGAGCAGAAAGUGCUUCAAGCCAUUGCGGAUUUUGAAGAACGCCUGAGCGACCCUCGCUAUCGAUACGAAUUUACCAUGCAGGAAGGGGACCUAGUGCUAUUUGACAAUCGAAGAGUCCUGCACGCACGCACGGCGUUCCGCGACAAGAAAGAUAUGGAAGUAGAAGAAGAAGAAAGAGUCGAGCAGAAAUCGGAGAUGGAAAGUGAUAAGGAACCAACUAGGUGGCUGAAGGGAUGUUACUUGGAUGGGGAAGCUGUAUGGGACAAGUUGGCUACAUUAAGGAAACAGUCUUUGGAAAGGAGAGCGGCUUCUGUGGGGGUUCAAUAAAGAGUAGAGGUCAAUGUUGGUACAGUAUUUUCAGUAAAGCAUUUGGUAUCUAUGG